GCAGCAGCCUGCACCACACCAGAAACCACACCACCACGCCGUGACCCUGCCUGAUCCUGACCCGGACCCCCACGUCCCCCCCACUACGGCACGGGCUCGGCACCAGCUUAACUCCCCAGUCCGCGGCUGACACCUCAUCCGAGCCUGCCGCCGAUCCCCGUUCCCCGUGACCCCCUCUCGCUCUCACUCUCGCAGCGCAGGAGUCGUAGUCCAGCCGUGAGCGAGCUUGUGCCGUGCGUGCCGACUAGGGACUCCUACUACCAGCGCGGCGAGCGAUCCACCGCAGGGGAAUCCAAUCAAAUCCACCAGGAAGGGUCGCCCCGCGGCUAGGCCGACCGGCUCUCGCCCCGCCCCGCCUCGCGCCGGCGCCUCUCCCCGAUCCCGAUCUGUGUGCCUGCCUGCAGCCUGCGUGGGAUGGAGCUGGAGGCGGCGCCGCGGCAGCAGCAGCAGCUGGAGGAGGAGGAGGAGGAGGUGGUGGGGUGCACAUGCGGCGGCGGGGCCGAGGCCGCGGACCAGUUCGAGCGGCUCCACGACGCGGUGCUGCUCGACGUCCUCAACCGCAUCGGCGACGUCAAGGCGCUGGGCCGCUGCGCCCUCGUCUCGCGCCGCUUCCACGCGCUCGUGCCGCUCGUCGACUCCGUCUUCGUCCGCGUCGACUGCGUCAUCCCCGACGACCCGACGCCCUCCGCCGCCGCCGCCGCACCGGGCUCCGCGCCGCACCAGGCCCCGGCCACGGCCGCGCGCGGGCGCGGCGGCGCGCUCGCGCACAUGGCGCGCGUCCUGCUCGGCGGCAUCGCCAGGCCCAUCCACGCGCUCGGCCAGAUCCUCUCCCCCGCCGCGGCGGCCGUCUCCCGGCGCUCCGACCCACCACUGCCCGCUUCCCCGCCCGCGCCCGUCGCGGACGUCUCCCACCACUCGCCCUCCGAGGUGCUCCGCUCCUUCAGGGAGCUGCGGCGCCUCCACAUCGAGCUGCCCACGGGCGAGCUCGGCAUUGACGACGGCGUGCUCCUUAAGUGGAAGGCCGACUUCGGCUCCACCCUCGGCAGCUGCGUCAUCCUCGGCGCCUCGUCGGUCUUGUCCAAGCCGCCCACAGGGUCGACCACCCAGGCGGAACCUGCUGCGGCCGACAGCACGGCCGCCGCUCUGGAUACCAGUAGGGAGACUGAAGAGCCGGGGAGCCUGCCUGAUUCUCUCUACACAAAUGGAGGGCUCAAGCUUCGCGUUGUCUGGACCAUCAGCUCCCUGAUUGCUGCGUCGGCGAGGCAUUACUUGCUGCACCCGAUUAUCUGUAAUCACGAAACGCUGGAGAGCUUGGACCUGACAGAUGCCGACGGCCAAGGGGUGCUCACCAUGGACAAGAGGCAGCUGCAGGAACUGCGGGUGCGGCCCGUCUCUCCGUCGGGGAGCUCGCACCGCACACUCAUGCCGGCACUCAGUAUGCGUCUGCACUAUGCACCGCUCAUUGAGCUGCCUGGGGGAACGCUGCUGAAGGGCGCGACACUGGUUGCGAUCAGACCAAGCGAGGAUGCCUUGAGGGAGGGCCAAGGGGCUGGGGCUGCAGGUCCUGUUGGUACAUGCUGGAUUUCAGAGGCCUUUGAGGAGCCAUAUCGGACUGCGGCAAAGGUGCUUCUCAAGAGAAGGGCAUAUUGCCUUGAAAUGAACUCGUUCUGAGCACCAGGGAUUCAGUUCCACAUGGUUCUACCCUUCUGACAGGAUGGUGGGAAGUGGGAUGCCCUUCGGUUAAUAUAGAGGAAUUUAUCAUUCAGUCCAUCUGUUGUAUCUGAUUCCAGUGAAGUGGUGACUUCGUGUACCUGUAAUUUUAGGGCUGUAAUUACAGAUACGUGUUUGUUCUGGACUAGUACACGCGGAAUGGAAUGCGAUUUGGGCCGAUUUCCACAGUAGUGUACCAUGAAGAGAAGCCAUGGAAUGUUUCCGUACUUGAGCGCUUGAGCUUGAGCGUGGUGCUCCUGGGCCAAGCAUUAUACAUCAUAGAUUUCGUCAUUUAGCAGGGUCCUUUAGCUUAAAUCUUGCCGAGUCAUGCCCCUAGCACUGCAUCAUUUAUCGAACUCAAAUUGUUAUAAAAAUUUGUGGACUCAA